AGACGUCAAUUUUGAUGUCCUACGUCUUCUCAUAUGUCUUUUAUUUGAUUUGAAGAAAUUAUUUUUCUAACAUAAUCAUUCUAGUUUAAAAAUAUUAAAUGAAUCUACAGUUAGAAUUAAAUUGUAUAUAUCAUUAAUAAUGGCAUAUUUCAAGGGUUGGCGAUAUGCCGCAUUCAUUAGCGGAUUUGUUGGUUUUAUUGGACUUACGCUUUAUCCCAUAAUAAUAAGUCCAAUGUUAGAUCCUUCGCAUUAUAAGGAAAUUCAAAAAGAAACAAGAAAAAAUAUAAACAGAGAACAGAUUCAGCCUGGGAAUAUGAAAGUGUGGACAGAUCCAUUUGACCGAAAGAAGCCUGAAACAAAUGGAUGAAUAUUGUAAAUAUUAUGUAGGUAAUACUUAGUUUUCAAUGUUAGUUAUUAUUUUUAAAUAUAUAAAUAAAUAUUUUUUUGAUAUUA